AUGGAAGAGCCGCCAGACGUAGAGACUCUGGUCACGGGUCUGGUGUCAGACAAUGAAGGCGCGAGGAAGUACGCGGUCUUCAAGCUACAGAGUCUACUUGGGGACCCGGCCUUCGCGGAUGCUUUCAUACAAGGAGAUGGGCAGAUUGCGCUCCGUCAUGCGGCACUGGAAACUAUCGGCAACACUCAGGCAUACGCAUUCGGCAGUCUUGACGCGCUGCUGGAACUGGAUAUAGGAUGGGAUGCCGUGGAUGGACCUGUUAUAGACAAGGCCGUGGAGCUGGCAGUCACGCACCCGCUUGUUAAUAUCGUGCGGAACGCGCUGACACUGCUUGUCCUCAUCGUCUCGCGACCAUUGAGACAAUCAAGGAGGGAGAGUGCGGAGGUCUUUGGCUUUGGUGCGAUCAAGCCUGCUUUGGACAACCAUCCGGAUUUCUUAGAUUCGUUGGUGCAAAGGCUUAGCGCUUCAGACCAUACGCUCUGUGCUAAUGCGCUGCAACUCGUCAAUGCUCUGAUGCGCGAUGCUGUCAUCCAUGGAGGCGAACACGAAUGGCCGAAAUUCAUAAAACGGCUGCAGGAUCUCGGUGUCAUUGGUGGUGUGGGUAUGCUGAUGCGUGGCGAUGCUGCAAGUGAUGUGGGAAGUCCGCUCGCCACAGCCAUCCUCGAGUUCCAAGGUCUCACCAAAGUUCUCUUGCGUAAGUGGAAGGAAGUACGUGUGAAUCUUGAAUUGGUUGAGCACAGGCGUGCUUUGAAGACUAUCAAUCUUCUGAGCAAGCCAGAGCCUUAUAAUCCGCCACAAGCCGAUGGCGAAGAUGGAGGGAAGGAUAGUAAACGACACCAUCCAAGGAAGUGGAGGAGACUUGGCUUUGAGUCGGAGAAUCCGGCCCUGGAGUUUGAUGAUACUGGAUAUCUCGGCAUGAUGGAUCUGGUCGAUUAUGCAAGACGAAAUGAGGACUCGUACUCGAAGAUUCUCAUGGAACAAGCGGUACAACCCGUAGAACAAAGAUGUCCUGUCGCUCGAGCAAGUCUUAGCAUUACACUCAUUUUAUACGAGCACUUCGAGAUCGACGAAGCUGUCGACACUGUCGAUGGAGCCGCGACGGGUCAUACCAGAACGACAUCGGCAUACGACCGGGAGGUCAAUCCUUAUAACGUCAACAAAAUGUACAGACCGCUACUGCUACAAUGGGGUCGUCUACAUACUGCGGCUACAAAUGCCUUCCAGCGAAUGUGGAAGCUGGCUGCCGCCGAGCACGAGGACUUCUUCAAGAUUGAAGAAGUCAUACGUGUGAUCAUAGAACGAAUCAUAGGCGCUGCGGACAGGAAGACAGACGUUGGUAAGAUCGAGGAUGAGUUACGUGGUGUCACGCUAGAGACGGCCAGGCGUUGGCAGAUCGAUGGUUUGGAUGAGGUGUAUGAGGAUGCUUGGGGCCCUCAUCUUGUCCAGGUACGGGAGCAGCUUCAUCAGGAGAGUCAGCAGUUUAUGAAGGAGCAACGCGUACGAUGUCUGCUUCAGGGCCAAUGGUUCCCAGUCACGGCGCUCAAUACUGGUGCUGUCGUACCCUGGCGAUAUGUACGGCUAAGCCAUAACCGAAAGUGGCUACAUUACCAGGACUUCGCUUCGAAGAACAGUAGCGAGCCCACUAUUGGAGAUCUGGCCGAGAAGAUUGACCUCAGCUCCGUCACAUCUGUCGAUAGCAAUGUCUCUGCUGCAGAGAAUCCGGUCAUGAACGGCGCGAACGAGAGCACAGAAACCCUCAAGGAGACCAAGACAGGCGAUUCCGUGAAGACGAAGCAACCGCAACAAUCGACCACGACCAAGAUCACCAUCCUCGGCACUCCGAACAAACCCAACAAACACUCUCUCAAUUCAAAUGGAGGAGCACCAGAUGACGAAUCCAUCCUCCUCGAACUCUUCCCACAGACAUCAUACAUCGCAUCCGAGUGGCUGGACGGUCUACUCAUGUUACUGAACCAGGAGCCCAUCACUAAAGACACCACGAGGCUGAUCGACAUGAUGAAGGACUGGGGUGUAAGGUUACGUAUGCUCAAUCUGAGGUGGGAGGAUGUGGAUUGGGAGGCUCUGGAGGCGAGAGUCAAGGGUGCUAGGGUGGCGGAGAGGGAGGUACCGACUCGAGAGGGACUAGACGAGGAUUAUUAUUAUGCUAUGGCUGAGGCUUGA